CUCGAUUACGAGGACGAAUAUUGUCGACGAAUCUCGCCGGGGCUGAAGGAAGACGACAGAGCUCAGUCAACAAUUGGCAUACACCCGGCACGUAGUACCAACUAGCAACUACAUCGCUAUGGCGUAUCUUGACGAUGGAUCGAUCAGUGAGGGCGAAGCAGACUUCGACAUGAAUUUGCUGUCUGAAUUCCUCUUCCAAGCAGACGAGAUGCCCAAGCUAAUCGACAAUAGCGAGCUUCAGAUCAUUGCACCCGCGGCAACCAGCACAGACGGCACUAGUAGCAGCGACGACGCGAGCGCUUCGCCUAGUUCUCCCGUGUUUACUAUUGGAAAUGACGAACCGACGGACCGCAAGGCGAAGCGAAGAGCACAAGUGGCUGUGAGUGCGCGGCGCCACCGCUACCGCAAGAAACACGAGAUGCUGGGCCUGAGGAAGGAGGUGGCGGACCUCACCGAUCAGUUGCAUUCUUUGCGCUCCAAACACAAACUGCUGCGACCAGAUGGAGCUGUAACAGAGACUAAGGAAUAUUAUAUGGCACAGCGGCACAAGCAGCGUCAGGCGGAGAAGCUGAACGAGCAACUGCGGCGUGCGUUGGUGAUGCAACGACGCUUCUUCACUUCGAUCCAGGGCAUGGUAUUGAAUUCGCCUAUCACGAACGGAGAACUCAAUAUGUCUACUCUGCUACAUACAUUCACACACCUCGGACGGACAGCAUACGCACGUCGACGUGACUAUUUGGCGAUGUGCACGGACUCAAAGGCGGACUUGGCCGUGCAGAUCCUUUUACGUGAGACUGAGAGAAUGGAUUUUGCAGGACCACCAUCGAUUAUUGCUCGCAAUGUACCAGUCUCGAAUGAGCAACAGCAGAUCGUGACUACAGUCGCAGCGUAUGCGUUUGACUGCUUGGAUCUGAAGACUGUUUUCGUGUCAGCGUGUAAUGCUGUUCUGGGCUGUGGCACCGACUGGCCGCAGUACACUACAGCGUCACAGAAUGGUGAGGUUCUCGAUAAGCCCCAAGGGAACAUCAGCUACGCAAAAUCAGCCACGAAUUACAGAAGCAUCACUGCUGCAGAUGCACAAAAUGUGGUAGUAGAGUCUCGCUCGCUUGUAUUUUAUCGCAUGAGCGACGACUAUGGUGUGUUGGUGUGGGAUUUCGCGGAUCAGGAUGACCUGUACCCGAUCAAACCCGAUAAGACUAUCAAGCGCGAUCUCAUUGGAGCUGCUAUGGUGCGUCGAGAAUUGUGUCAUGAUGGCGUGGAACGAGUGGUAUAUCGGUCGAUCUGCACAAAGCUGCACUCAUUUUCACUCCCUGUAGCACCAGAAAUCUCAAACUACUUACAGAAGACCGAGGAAGGUGCCAAGGUCUGUGGCGACACUGUGUUCAGCUACAUUCGUGAGCGCGCUAUGGAGGUUGGCACAUGUAUGGUCAGAGUGUAAAUCGGCAACAGCGUUUAGAGCUCUACGCAAAAUAAAUUCACACAUUAGAAAUUAUAAUUCUUUGCAAAAAAACUGCACACACAAAACACAA